CUGAUGGUCGAACGGCCCAGGCCGGGAGAGAAGAUCAAGAUAGCGAGAGCGAACAUAAGGCACGAAGAUCUUAUCGGUUUCCCGUACGGGACAGUCUUCGAGGUCAACAAGGGCGAGAGGUCUGCCCUGCUGGAGGAGAUUCUUGCCAGCGGCAACCCGGGCAGCAGCAUCAACGAGGUCUCCAAGGACAGAGACAACCGUGUGCUCUUGGACAAGAACGCGCUGACCAAUGGGAAGGAGAGCAGCCAGAAGCUCGGAGCAGAUCAGAUCAAGGAGCUCAAGAACAGCGGGAUGAACGGGAGGGAAGUGAUCAAAAGCCUCAUCGAGAACAGCGACACGUUCAAGCACAAGACCGAGUUCAGCCAGGCCAAAUGGCUCAAGAAGAAGGCAGCCAAGCACUCCCCGCAGUUCGUCACGAUCAAGCCGACGAGCCUGACGCUCUGCCAAGCUUACUUCAUGAAGUGCGCCGGAAAGAUCAACUACAUGCGAGAGGACACGCUCGGUCGUAUCCUCACCAUGAGCAACGUGCAGCCCGGGUCAAGAGCUCUCGUCGUGGAUUCGGGAUGUGGACUUGUGCUGGGGGCCGUGGCGGAGCGGAUGGGAGGGUACGGGAGGAUCUUCCAUGGCUUCAACGGCCUCCAGCCCUCCGUGGACGCCGUCAGGUGGAUGAAUCUGGACAAGGACGCGAUCGCUUCCAUAGUUCAGUUUCCUCUCUCUGAGCUC